AUCUAACUAGACAAAAAUAUUUUUUGGUAAAUAAAAAGUGACUGAAUAUCUGAAGAUUGUGUUUGUUUAUUCUGUGGUUAAAUUAAAUGACGUUAUUUUAACAGUUGGUGAAAUUGAAUUAGUUCAAUUAAAUCUAUUAACGGUAUAGUACACAAUUUUCAACUUAAAAAAUGGCUGCAGUUUUUAGAGUUAAACGGAGAUUAGAUGAAGAGCCUUCCGAGGCACUAUUGUUUAGUUGCAAAAGACGUAAAACAGAUUCAGAGAAACAGACGGAUCUGUCGGCAGUGUUAAAAUUUGCUGGGACCAUCAAAGAGGAAGAAAAUGUAGUUUCGCACAUUAAAAAUUAUACUAAGGAAGAAGCAAAAUCCGAAUACAAAAAACACCAUACCAAUUUGAAUGACAAACUUAGAUUGCUGAAAAAAGAGGAUUCAAAGAAAGCACGUUAUAGAAUCGUAAAUUGUUUUCGUUCAAUAGAAGAUGAAGAUGAACAUGAAGAAAAACAGAAACUUACCAUUUUUGAUCUUGAAACAGACUGUAAUGAAAAUAAUGAGACUACAGAAAAUAAAAAUAAGGUCUUUGAACCAAAUUAUGUAUAUGAUCUGUACUAUACAAAUUCUGAUGAUCUGGGUGAUGCAAACUUGGAUGAAUACAUUAGUGUUCGACAUUUGGAUGAUCCAUUAAUUUAUGGCUCCAUUAGAGACAAUGGGUUAGAUGGAGAAGACAGUGAUGACAGUGAUGAUUCAAAUGCAGAAAAUAAUUGGAGGAAUGAUUAUCCAGAUGAAUCUGAUAUGGAAAGUAUUAAUGAAGAUGAUAUGGUUGAUGCCAUGAAAAAUGUUUGUAUUGAUGAGGAUCUUCUUUCCAGUGAUAGUGGGGAAGAAGGAUUUGUGUACAGUAUUGAUAGUGAAGCAGCUGGAUUUGAAGAAGAUGUAGAUGAUGAUGAUGUUCAAAGGUAUGGGGAAAGAUAUGCUCGUUUCAAAGCAAAACAUAACAAGAAUGUUGAGACAACAAUCCUGAAAAGUGACUUUUACUAUGGAGAUAUAGAUGAAGAGGAGUUUUACUACUGAAUUAAAUAAUUACUCAAUAGUUGUUUUUGAUUCUAAGUAAUUGUAUUUAUUUUAUACUUGUGCCAAAUAAAAGAGUAUUUACAA